CCGGCCGCACCCAUUCUCCUGGCGCGGAUGAGCUCGCAGGUGCAGCCCGAGAACAGCGGAGCAGACCCGGAGUCCUCGCAACCCUUGCGGGGGUGCAAACCUGCGGAGCUGCUGGUGGUAAAGGAGCGCAACGGCGUCCAGUGUCUCCUGGCUCCCCAAGACGGGGACGCGCAGCCUCGGGAGACCUGGGGCAAGAAGAUCGACUUUCUGCUGUCCGUGGUCGGCUUUGCCGUGGACCUGGCCAACGUGUGGCGCUUCCCCUACCUCUGCUACAAGAACGGUGGCGGUGCCUUCCUGAUCCCAUACACCCUGUUUCUCAUCAUUGCUGGGAUGCCUCUGUUCUACAUGGAGCUGGCUCUGGGGCAGUACAACCGGGAGGGGGCAGCCACAGUGUGGAAGAUCUGCCCUUUCUUCAAAGGAGUUGGCUAUGCUGUGAUCCUUAUGGCCUUCUACGUUGGCUUCUACUACAAUGCCAUCAUCGCCUGGUCAUUGUACUACCUCUUUGCCUCCUUCACUUUGAACCUGCCCUGGACUGACUGUGGCCACGCCUGGAAUAGCCCCAACUGCACUGAUCCCAAGCUCUUCAACAGCUCUGUGCUGGGCAACCACACCAAGUACUCCAAGUACAAGUUCACACCGGCAGCAGAGUUUUAUGAGCGUGGUGUCCUGCAUCUUCACGAGAGCAGCGGGAUUCACGACAUUGGCCUGCCCCAGUGGCAGCUCCUACUCUGUCUGAUGGUCAUCGUCAUCAUCCUGUAUUUCAGCCUCUGGAAAGGAGUGAAGACAUCAGGCAAGGUGGUGUGGAUCACAGCCACGCUGCCUUACUUCGUGCUGUUUGUGCUCCUGGUCCAUGGCAUCACACUGCCCGGCGCCUCCAAUGGCAUCAGCGCCUACCUGCACAUCGACUUCUACCGUCUGAAGGAAGCCACGGUGUGGAUUGAUGCUGCAACUCAGAUAUUUUUUUCCUUGGGGGCUGGAUUUGGAGUAUUGGUUGCAUUUGCCAGUUACAACAAAUUUGACAACAACUGUUACAGGGAUGCCCUGCUGACCAGCACCAUCAACUGUGUCACCAGCUUCAUCUCUGGGUUCGCCAUCUUCUCCAUCCUUGGUUACAUGGCCCAUGAACACAAGGUCAACAUUGAGGACGUUGCCACUGAAGGAGCUGGUCUCGUGUUCAUCCUAUACCCAGAAGCCAUUUCUACCCUGUCGGGAUCUACAUUCUGGGCCAUCUUGUUUUUCAUCAUGCUCCUGACUCUGGGUCUUGACAGCUCAAUGGGAGGCAUGGAAGCAGUCAUCACAGGCCUGGCUGAUGACUUCCAAGUCCUGAAGCGACACCGGAAACUCUUCACAUUGGGUGUCACCCUUAGCACCUUCCUUAUGGCCCUGUUUUGCAUAACCAAGGGUGGAAUUUACGUCCUGACUCUACUGGACACCUUUGCAGCAGGCACCUCCAUCCUGUUUGCAGUGCUCGUAGAAGCCAUUGGAGUUUCCUGGUUUUAUGGUGUGGACAGGUUCAGCAAUGACAUCCAGCAGAUGAUGGGGUUUAAGCCGGGACUGUACUGGAGAUUGUGCUGGAAGUUCUUCAGCCCAGCCUUCCUCCUGUUUGUGGUGGUGGUCAGCAUCAUCAACUUCAAACCACUCACCUAUGAUGACUACGUCUUCCCUGCCUGGGCCAACUGGGUUGGGUGGGCCAUUUCCCUCUCAUCCAUGGCCCUGGUUCCUGCCUACAUCAUCUACAAGUGCCUCAGCACGCCGGGCUCUCUUCGAGAGAGACUGGCUUAUGGCGUCACACCAGAGAAUGAGCACCACCUGGUGGCCCAGAGGGAAAUCAGGCAGUUCCAGUUGCAACAUUGGCUGGCCAUCUGAAUCUGACCCUGAGGAGGAGGAACCCACCGUGCCCAGGUCCGGGUCAAAGACCGCUGCUUCGCUCCCACCCUGGACACUGUCUUGGAAUUCUUCUCCCAGAAGAUGCCCUUUCCAACCUCUUCUUUUCUUGAUUACAAAUGACAGUGACAAUGAUUUUUGUUUGCCUCUGUUCAUCUGGCCUAGGGCCUGUGAGUGUGAAGGAUUGGUGAGCUUCAAGGAGGAGGAAGCAGUAAAAAUGACUUGUGGGAACCCUGAUUUGGUGGGAGAGUGGAUCUCACCACUUUGAAAUUCCACUCAAGCUAAAAUUCAUGGCUCAGUUAGACUCUUCUACCACAUUUACUUGUACUUUGGGCCGCAGAAGAAAACCUCAUUUCACCCAAUCUGAGAUAGGAUGGGCUUUAGAUCAGACACCAAAUGCCAUCAAAAAGUCUAGCUCAGUUUGGUGUACAAAUGUACAGAUGGGGGAUCAUAGGUCUCCCUGUCUUGCUCACCCCAGUCAGCAUUCUGGUGUCUGAACCUCAUUUUGGGAAUUUCAAUUUAUUUGCCUCUAAAAUGAAAUCACCAGAAUGAUGCUUUGGGGGCCUUGAGCAGAAACCUUCAUAGUUUUCAUUCUGGCUAUCUGAACUUGAUUUGUUUAUGAUUGAGAAUGUUCCAUCUGAUGUUCAGAUGGUCCACAGCCAUGGAUGUCAGGGAAGGAAUGUAGGUGAACCAGAGUGAGCAGGGUCCCCAAAAUAUCUGUACUAGGUAGAGGCCACUUGGUCAACCAUGUGUACUGAAGCCACAUGCUAGUUCUGUGAGGCACAUGGGAUCCUUAAAACCCAUUGGUGGUUCUUGAGAUCUUGGGGAAAUGAGACAGGAACUUGGGGAAGCCAAAUGUGUGGCUACACCACAGGACUCUGCUGUCCUUAUGGGACCAAGUGGGUGACAAACUGUCCUGGCUAUUUACUGUUCACAGACAUCAGGAAAGCCUUACCUGGGUAUCUCAGCACAUACCAGGGGUCCUGAGUGCUAGGGAGUUGACCCUGAAAACUCCCUUUGUCUCUUGUCAAGGAUUAGGAACUUUGGGGAUGUAGGCACUUUGGGGAUGACAUCCCAAUCACUCAAAUUGAGAAAAUAUUCUUAGUAGGAAAACAGGUUGGUGGAUUUAGGGCAUUCCUAGGUUUACUUCUGAUAAAACUCUCAAGUGGUGGUGGUUAGUUUCAGUUCUGUGAGAAAUUAUUGGUGAUUUGGAAAAAUUGGGAUUCAGUUGAGAUUUCUGUUUAUGAGUUGAGUCUCUUAUGAACUCAUUGGGAAUCUAAAAUUGUGGGUUCCUAUUUUGACUGUGGGAGCCCCUAUAGCACAUGAGAUCACUUCACUUACCCUGGGAGUAUGGGGGGCACAUUGAGAAUGUGCUGUAGCUAAAGCCAGGACAUCUGUGAACCCCUCAAUGCCGUGAGAAGAGGGAUGGGUGGAGCCAUUUGGAGAGAGAGAUGACUUAUUUCUGAGAGCUCUGGGGUUUUUCUGCUGAAUCAAGACCUUUAAGUCAUUCUUUAGAGAAUAAAGAGAGGAAAUGAGCAGUCUUUUGAUCUUUCAUUUUAAAAAGGCCAGCUUAAGGCCUGAGAUUGCCUAAGUGGAACAUGUGUUAGGCCCUUGGGAAAGAUGAGGCCAGGUGCACACAAAUGGAGUGG